UUCCAUGUGGAAGUUGCCCUAUAAAAUCAGGUGUGAUCUUUUUAGUCAGUUUAUGUCAGAACGUUAAAAUGGAUUUGAAGGUACAUGAGGACCCAGGGUUGCAGUUUUGAUCGGCACGUCAAUUGCUUUUAAAAUCUGUUAUCUCAGACCAGUUAUGACAUGGACAGUAAAAAAAAUUGUUAACCAGGAACUUUGUUUGAUCGGUGUGGCCAAAGUCCAUCAGUCUUAUUAUUCUGCACGACACAUUCAGGGGAUCAGAAGACAGCACAGCAGUCGGGACGUCAGAGGGGUCAGCAGCAGGACCCUCACUUUAGCACAAUGUCUCAGUCACCUGGCGCUCCUCGUCAUGAAGCCUGCAAUUCAGGGCCCAAACAUCCAGCCAGAAAACCUCAGUGUGAGAGACUUUGUGAGAUAAGAGGUGUUCCAUUCCUCUCAUCCAUGUGUGAAAUCUUUGACAAGGUAGAAAAGUUCCAGGCCAAAGCAGACGACAUUUUAAUAGCCACCUACCCCAAGGCAGGUACCACCUGGAUGAUUGAAAUCGUGGACAGCAUUCGCCAAGGUGGCAUCACAAAAGAAAUCAAAACCAUCCCCAGCCACGAGCGCGCCCCAUAUCUAGAGAUGAACAGCCAGGAGAUGAUUCCGGCAGGUCUGGACCUUCUGGAGACAAUGCCGUCUCCUCGACUUGUGAAAACUCAUCUUCCAUUCCAAUUGGUGCCGCAGUCCUUCUGGGACAAAGGGUGCAAGGUGAUUUAUGUUGCCCGGAAUGCCAAGGAUGUCCUCGUUUCAUACUACUUCUUCCAGAAGACGUUCACUCAUCUGCCAAAUACAGCCAGCUGGGAUGACUUCUUUGAGAGCUUUCUGUCAGGAAAUGUGGCAUGUGGCUCCUGGUUUGAUCACGUGACAGGCUGGUGGGACGUCAGGGAAAAGCACCAGAUCCUCUAUGUCUUUUAUGAGGACAUCUUGCAGGACCCAACAAGGGAAGUGGAGAGGUUGGCACAUUUUCUGGGUCACACACUAGACAAAGGCAAGAUUCAGGAAAUCGUGAAGCACACCUCCUUCAACAUGAUGAAGGACAACCCCAUGACUAACGCCAGCAUACUACCCACCAGUAUUCUGGACCUGAGCAUCUCGCCCUUCAUAAGAAAAGGCCAAGUGGGAGACUGGAAGAACUACUUCACUGUGGCUCAGAAUGAAAGGUUCGAGGAGGAGUACAGGCGGCGAAUGGCCGGAACAUCACUGCGGUUCAGAACGGAGCUCUGAGCUGGGGAGCGGACACAUCUGUCUUACGGCGCUUUGGUGCCCUCUGCUGGACAUCUAGGGCAUCGUUUAUAAGUUUAGGAUCUAGGAUUUGAAUACAUGGAGACAUAACUCGGUGUUGCUUUGAUCUAAAUGUGGAAAAAGUCAUCCAAUCUGCUUCCUAGUGGAUUUACAGUACAACUAAAGAUACUUAUGUUGAAUAAAUGAUUGAAA